AUGACAGAGAAAAACAGAAGUGCCAGCGGAGACAGUAGUGGAAGUGGCAGCGGAAGCCAUGGCAGAAGCAGUGGUGGAAGCAGUAGCAACGGAAGCAACAGCAGGAGCAGUGGCGGAAGUAGUGGUAGUGGAAGCAAUGGCGAAAGCAGUGGCGGAAGUGGUGGUAACGAAAGUAACGACAGAAGCAGUGGGGGAGGCAGUGGCAGCGGAAGCAACGGUGGAAGCAGUGGCGGAAGCAGUGAUGAUAGCAGCAGCGGAAGUAGAGCAGCUGAUGUCGCCGAAAGGCUGAGAACUUUAAGGGUGAAGCGAUCGCUUGUCCUUCAAGACCUUGUAACAGAAUUCCUUGAUGGCGAUAUUAUGACUUGCGAACUGAAGGUCAUUAUGGUACAGACGGACACGGGAAAGACGAAAGAGGGGAAGACUUACAAGAAAUUUACCGAGACGCCCUGUCAAGUUUUUGGCAAGAAUUCUAUGUUUCCUGUACGCUCGGGGAAAGGGGGAGGGUUCCUUCCAUAAGGCACGAUUUUCAGAGCGACGCCUGAACUGCCAUUGCACGCAUUAUCGUCAGGUUACGAAGAUCUGGGGUAUUUUCCAGUGAUGCUAAGCAAAGCAUUUGUGAUCAGUACUAUGCUUGGUGAAAAGGCAAUUUCCGAUGACAUUCUCCUUCACUCAUUCAAACAGUACCUUUCCAAAAGUGAAGAACAAGUUGUGUGCGAGGCAUUGGGUAGACCCGUGGAGGAAUGGGAUAGUGACGACAAAGAUGAUGAAGACCUUCUUGAACUGCUGGAUCGCUUUGGAUGCAGAAGUCUUCCAACCAAAGAGAACAUUAAGAGUCUGAUACUAGAAGUAGCUCAUAAGGAAAUCAUUCAAAAGGCACAAUAUGUGGCUGAUUGCUGGCAUUACAUUUUUAGAGGGUCCCUGGCAGAGGGUAAAUUAUCAACUCUAGAGGGAGUAUGUAGUGUUUACCAGUCGUUAGAGCCAACUACAAAGAAAGUGCUUGGCAUGCUUUGUGCUUUACCGGGCACUA